CCCAUCCGUGGUGUGACCCAAAAUAAAAGACUUAUUUAUUUAUUUCCAGUUGCGGAAAUACCCCUUUGACUGUAACUUGACGCAUCUUCGUGUGGAGGCGUGGAGAGGCGCGUCGGUGGCGCGUUUGUCUCCCUUCACGACCGACAAGCCGCCAGAUGUUGUCGAGGCGUGAUGUGACUUUCAGCCGCGCGUAAUUUCUCUUUUUUGGGGGGAGGAGGCGGUGUGAUUGCGCUCCUGUUCCUGCGGGGAUUUUUCUUUUUUUCUCCCUUUUUUUUUAACGUUUUCUGAGUUUGUGGAGCCGUCUGGAGCGAGUCCAGGGAUGCUGCGGCUGGAGCGUCUCCCGCAUCCCCUGCAUCCCCCGCAUCCCUCCUGUGGCAUCUAAGGGAGUGCAUGCUUGUUCCCCCUGCAGAGCCCGCAAGAUGGGGAGCAGCUGGUCCGGGCUGGCCCCCUUCCAGUCCCUGCACAUAGUCAUGCUGGGCCUGGACUCCGCGGGGAAGACCACCGUCCUGUACCGCCUGAAAUUCAACGAGUUCGUCAACACGGUGCCCACCAUCGGCUUCAACACGGAGCGGAUCCGGCUGGGCGGCGCGGGGGCCUCCCGGGGCAUCAGCUGCCACUUCUGGGACGUGGGGGGGCAGGAGAAGCUGCGGCCCCUGUGGAAGCCGUACAGCCGCUGCACGGACGGCAUCGUGUACGUGGUGGACUCGGUGGACGCGGAGCGGCUGGAGGAGGCCCGGGCCGAGCUGCACAAGAUCACCCGCUUCCAGGAGAACCAGGGCACCCCGCUGCUCGUCAUCGCCAACAAGCAGGACCUGCCGCGGGCUCUGGACGUGGACGAGAUCGGGAGGCAGCUCGCGCUGGCCGAGCUCAGCCCGGCCACGCCGUACCACGUCCAGCCCGCCUGCGCCAUCAUCGGGGACGGGCUGGACCAGGGCAUGGACAAGCUGUACGAGAUGAUCGUGAAGAGGAGGAAGUCCCUGAAGCAGAAGAAGAAGCGGCAGUGAUGUUACAAGCUAUAGCAACCACUUUUUUAUUAUGGAUUUGUUUUAGGAUGGAUGCAAACAAUGAGGCAUGGCAGAUAUAUACCACCAUAAAUAUCUUUAUAGUUUCCAACAAGUCUCCGUAUGACCUGGGAAUACGUUUAUUGUGAUGCCACAUGACUGUCUCAGAAAAUUAGAAUAUUGUGAUGAAGUCCUUUUUUUUCUGUAAUGCAAAAAUGUCAUACAUUCUGGAUUCAUUACAAAUCAACUGAAAUAUU